GCACAUGUUACGGUAUAUGAACAUGCUUGACAUUUAGCGUCCACGUUGAAAUAUUCAUCUGUCGCGUGCGUCCCUCGACGUACUUUUAUUUCUAAAGUUCGCGCGGAGUCGCGCGGUUAUCACAAGUUCGAUUAUCGAAGUCGCGCCAAGUUGUACUCGCGGUUUCGUCUGUCAACACACGCGAAACGGAGCGAAAGACGUUUCGCUUUUGAAUCUCGCUCGCUCGCGAUAAUUAACCGGGAGUGAAAAAUCGCCGGUGGUGCGAAGGAAUCGGCGAUUCGUCCUCGUCCCGAGACGUUCACCGGAAUAUCCUCUUUCCAGAAUUUCGGGCAGCGUAAUGUCAUCACAUGGGGCAGAAGACGGCUAGACGGAGGUUGUCAACGAUCAAUAGUAUCAGGAAAAUGACUUGGUGACUCAUUACACGUCGAGGAUUUUACGCGGAAUCAUGGUGUCCGGGGAGAACGAGAGACUGCUGCCCGAGCCCGAGAACUACGCCAAGUGUUUUUACGAUCUCUUCAAGAACGUCGCCGAGGCGCAAAGGAAUAAGGGAGAAUGGAGAAAAUGUAAAAAAAAUAAAGCUAUUCGUAAACGGGACAAGAAAAAGAUUGAUUUAAAUGGAGAAUUAAAUUAUAAUAAUCCACCAAAGAUAGAAACAUCUUGCAAUGCCUCAGCAUUUGCUGUGUUUGCUAGUGUGAGAAGUGGUAUUCUAGAGAAACAUGCAAAAUUGUCAACUGAAGUUUAUAGAGCAUCAAACUGUAAUUCUCCACCACCGGAUCUUAGUGAUACUAUAGAUACAGAAAGUGAUGAUGAAGAUAGAAUAUCAACUAUACAAAAUUUACCAAAGAUUGUAGGUAUCGGUUUAAGGAGUGUUUUUACAUUGAUGCGUGAGAGUAGAACAAUUGAUCCAAUCUUGUGUACAAAAGCAUUAUCAGCUUUAUUGGAUGUUUUACAAGGACAAUUACCAGAAGGCCUCAAAUCUGAACCAGACGACGUUAUUGAUCCAUUAUUUGAUUUAUUAUUGGAUCUUGCAACAUCUCAUGGUCCUGAAUCAGCCGCAGCCAAUGAUGGCAGUCAUUUAACAGCUGUUGCUUGCGCAUGUUUGUUGAGCCUUGUUGUGGUUAGAGGAGACACUGGACGCUUGUUAGCAGCAAUAGCAGCUUUACUUAUGUCUCCCAAAGCAUUAGCGAUACAAAAUAUUCAGAUGCCAUGUGUGCUAACGUCUCUACAGAGAAGUGUUCAUGCAGUUUUGUUAGGUAAACUCAUGAGACCAGAUUGGAUUACAUAUGGAGUUCCUAAGUGUUCCAAGAUAUAUACCUCUACACUUAAGUUACCAAAUGAGAUGAACAAUAUGGUAUUGAAUGAACGUAGUUUUGUGAGUGAUGGAAAAUACUUAUAUUUGCAUACGUCUCGUGGUUUAUUGAAAAUUGGAAGUGGCCAUGGUGGUACAAUAUGGGGGCAUAUAUACAUACAUAAAGCAGAUUUUUAUCCGACGGAAAUAGGAUGGCUUGGUUAUGCUAAUAAUUCGUUAUAUUUCAAAUGCGCACCGAGGAAGCAGAGUGAGUUAUUAAUUAUUGAUGCAGAAACGCUUAUAGUAACAGGAAUUGCAGUGCUGGAAGGAAAAGAUUGGUCAUCUUCUGUUAUGUUUUCUGAUGGUGAAAAUUUAGGAAUGAUAACAGCAGGGAAAGAUGAAGGCUUUGUGGUGCGCACAAUAAAUACAUUAAGUAAUCCUGUAACGGUAGCUUCUGAAUUGCCACUGAAAUUGGCAAGGAAAUGCGUAGAUAUAUUUGGUUAUGCGUCAUUUGACGAAGAACAAACGAUACAUACGUUGAAUCCAGGAUGUGAUGAUGAAAUUACAAUGGUUACAGCAGGAAAGGAAUUUGGUUUACUGAAAACAGUAUCUGGAAAAUUAUUAUAUAGCGGAAAAGGAACUUGUCUAGGCAUGAAGAGUAAUACAAGACCUAAUAGAUGGUUGGAGCUUACUUUUGGUAAAGGUCCGAGGAUUACACAUUUUGCAGCAGGUCAUGAUGGACAGCAUGUUGUAAUGGUCAUGGAGGAUGGUUCUGUAUUAUUUACUGGCACUGCUAGACGUGGAGAAGACGGAGAUAGUAAUAAAGCUCGUAGGCAACCAAAACCGGUAAAACCAAAGAAAAUGGCGAAAGUGGAAGGUCAAUUUAUUGUUGACGCCGCUUGUAAUAACGGGUCAACCGCUUUAGUCACGAAAGACGGUUCUUUAUUAAUGUUCGGCAAAGAUACACUACAUAGCGAUCCAGUGACGGGAUUAGUUACCGAUUUAAAAGACGUGUGUAUAGUUCGCGUGUCGUUGGGAAAAGCUCAUGCCGCGGCAUUAACUAAUAAAGGACAUUUAUAUACCUUCGGUAUAAAUAAUAAGGGACAGUGUGGUCGCGACUCCGCGACAGUGCAUACCGUGAAUAAGGAAAUGUCAGUGGUUGCGAUGGAAAUGGGUACAGGAGAGGAUGAAUUGAUAAUAGCGGAGGAAGAGAGUGUGGAUCCCGUGGAGGAUUGGGAAGAAACGAGAGACAUGUGUCCACCGGGACAACAUCAGUGGAGACAUCGCGUUUGUAUGGUAUGCACGAUAUGCAGAGAAUGUACCGGCUAUAGUAUAUCGUGUUUGAGUAGCAUACGCCCCGAUCGGAAUCCCGGUCAGGAGUGCGGUUGUGGCGAAGGGGACAGCGGAUGUGCGGAGUGCGGAUGUUGUCGCACGUGUGCGCGAAAGAGUUGCAGCAAUGGCAUAUCGGGUUCUAAUUUUCGUGAAUACUUGCAGAGACGAUUAGGCGAGAUAAAGCAGCGGCAAAGGGGUAAAGCAGGACCGAGUACCGUCAAAUAUGGAGUAAAGCUCAAGGGAUCGAAUAAUCAGCGUAUCGCCGGUCCUAGUGUCGUCGCGCAAAAGGGAUUUUUGGAAAAAGUCGCAUUGGGAUUGAGCGGUAAUCUCGCGAUCGAGGAAGCUGUCGGCAGUAGUGACGUGGAGCGAGGAGACGCGGCGAGAAUCGCUAGUAUAUCACCGGCCAGAGUUCCCAUUCCUAGCGAGAGUCCCGUGAUUCAAGUGUCCUGCGGUUUACAUCACACAGUGUUACUUUUGCAAAACGGAGAAGUGUAUACAUUCGGUAGUAAUAUAUACGGUCAAUUAGGCGUCGGAGAUUUGGUGGCGCAUGCGGGACCGGUUCAAGUUAAAUUGCCGACUAUCGCUACGCAGGUAGCUGCUGGGAGCAAUCAUACCAUUAUACUCACGUCGAAGGGCGAAAUUUAUACAUUUGGUGCGUAUCAAAAGGGACAACUCGGCAUGAAUUGGUGGAACGAUCAGAACGAAUCUACGAACGUUAGUUCUCAGGCGAAUCGUCGCGUUGAUCGAUCCCAACCGUGGCACAGUUUUCCAAACGUAGUUCCGAAUAUCGGUCCUCGAUGGGGUAGACGGGCGACGUGGAUCGGGGCCGCCGGGGAUCAAACUUACGUUAAGAUAGAUGAAAUUAAUUCCAUUAGCUUGACGAGAAGUACCGUUAUGGCGAAUAAGAAUUGUAUUAUCUUAAUACCUCAUCAGAACGAGCACGCGAAUUCUUUCAAGAGUCUAGUGAUAAGUAAACGCGAUGGCACGUGCAACAGUUACAACGGCGCGGAUCAGGUCGAUUUCAAUAAUUGUGCGGCGUGUUUAGAUCCCUUGUACAACGUUAUUUGGACCUUCAAUUCGAUAAAUAACGAGAUAAGCUUGUACAAUAUAAUAUCGACGGAAACUCGAACGAUACCCAGCUUGGAAGCAUCCAUACUUAAUCCAGGCUUGGCGCUUCCGGUUGUUUCGACUUGCUUUAUAACGCGUUCUCAAGCGGCGAUGCAUUUGUUAGCUUGCUUGGAUACACUGACACAGGCUCAGGACGAAAAUUUAUCGAUAGUUGAAGAAAGCGAAUGUAAUCAGUCAACACACGGUAAAGUUUACAGCCGCGAAGAUUACGCUACUGUCAGCAGAUUUGAAAGUCACGGAGGAGGAUGGGGUUAUUCCGCUCAUUCGAUCGAGGCGAUUAGAUUUAUGCCAGAUACGGAUAUAAUAUUAGGAGGAUACGGUUUAUUUGGCGGUCGAGGUGAAUAUACCGCGAAGAUAAAGCUCUUUGAUAUUGGAAUUGACGGUGGAGAUCAAGAGAACGACGGGGAACUUCUCGCGGAGACGGAAGAGAUCCCGUAUGAAUGCGGCCCAAGACAGAAGUAUUCGAUCCUAUUCGACGAACCGAUUUCCUUGCAAGCAAACAGGUGGUACGUGGCAUGGGCUAAAGUCGGCGGGCCUUCGAGCGAUUGCGGUUCCGGUGGGCAAGGAAUGGUCACGGCCGAAGAUCAAGUGAUGUUUUAUUUUAAAUCGUCUAAAAGAUCUAACAACGGUACUGACGUUAAUGCCGGUCAGAUUCCACAAUUAUUAUAUCACGUUGUCACACCCGAAAAUCAAACAUCGAACAGACAGAGAGAUCAAAUUGAACCGGUUUACGUUCUGAAGAGGGAAUUCAGUAGGACUGUUACGAAGGAAUGUUUCCAAUCCUUGAUAUCUCUUCUUCAAUGGAGCUGGAAUACGUUGAAGGCGGCACUGGCCGACGCGGCCGUUCAUAUUGCGUCGUCGACCCACGCGUUGCUCGAGAUGGAGCGAUUAGUAUACAUAAGUAAAGCUAGUCUAAGAUUGCUCAGAACGUACACCAAUGAAAUUUAUCCUAAUCAUGUUGUAAAGAAGAGCCCUCCCGAAUCUGUGCGUCUAGCGGAAUGUAUAGGCGAAGUACGGGCAUUAUUGCGUCAAAUCUUGUCCGAUUCCUUACCGAUUACUCUGAAGAGUAAAGGAAAGACACGAUCUAAUAAGAAUUCAAGUAGUACUUUGGGAAAUAAGAUGAUGAGCAGCAUAUUGGAUGAAUGUCAUAAAACGUUUGUCGCGUGUUAUCACGCGUUUUAUCCUACUGCAUAUCUCAAAUGGACAUGCUUGUGCGAAUUGUUAUCGGAGAUCGACAAGGAGCAGGGUACAACUACGAAGGAUCGUCUCCUCUCCGCCGUGCUGGCAUCGUUGUGCAAUUCGGCGAUACGACUCAGGUGUACAUUUCCAAUUUUGAGCAACAUCAUGGACAACAGCGACAGCGUAAAACGGCAGCUCAGUCCAUCCGACAAUGCCGGUUUGCUUAUGAUAAAUUCCACGGAGACUCAUCAAUAUCCGAUAUUAGUUGAGCAAAUCAGCUACAAGUCGCAAGUAGAAAGCGCUAGCAAGGAAAUCUUGAACUGGUCAUUUCGCGAAGUACUCGACAGACUACUGGAUCUGAUACUGAUACCGGCCAAGAGAAGCCUUUGCAGGGAAAAGACGCAAUCUCUGUCGGAAUUGGUUCUUCAUUGCUGUUAUUUAUUGGCGCGAGUCAUCGCCGAAUUGGCUGCGCAAUCCAGCGGAAACGAAGACGAACUGCAAGCGGCUUGCGGUAGGCUUAUGUAUACUACACCGUCGAGAUUCACGAGGACAAAUCAAACCAGAUCGUGGAAUACGGGAAAUGGUUCUCCGGAUGCUAUUUGCUCCGUUGACAAACCAGGCAUCCUUAUAGCUGGUGUGGGUAUCUAUGGAGGUGCAGGAGUAUAUGAUUACGAAUUGGAAUUGCUAGAUGAUCAAAAUAAUACUGGUAACGAUCCGUCGCAUGCUCAACGUUGGAGCAGUUUAGACUUCACAAGAGGCUCCUUUGGGCCAGAUGACUGUGUUAAUGACACCGUAGAAUUAAAAUUUGACAAACCGGUUCUUAUAAAAGAGAAUAUCAAAUAUGCUAUUAGAUUACGGAAUCGUGGAGGACGUACUAGCAAUGGUGAUGGUGGUUUGAGCGUUGUCAAAGGAGCGGAUGGCACAACGUUUACCUUUACGGCUUGUUCCCUGAGCUUCAACGGCACAACACAAACUAGAGGUCAAAUUCCGCAUAUUUUAUAUUAUUCAAAUCCGCAAGAUUCCGAUGGCCAACACACGAAUAAAGCUAUGGCAGAAGUACAAGCAAGAAAAUGUACCCUCGCUAUGACCGCAACAAUUAUUCAACGGUCAAAUGAAAUUUUUUCUCUGGCAAGAGAAAGAGCAGAGGAAGUAACAGCUAAUGAAGUUCUUGGUAACGCGACUUUUGUAACGACUCUCUUGCCACUAGUAAUGGCACAUAUUAGUCCCUUGGCUACAUCAGAUCCUAGAAGCAGUGUGCAAAUCCUUACCUUGAUACAAGAAAUGUUACCACACAUCGCUGCUCUAAAUUUAAUGUCUACGAUGGGAAUAUCUCAAAUAUCCCAAGAUAGCGAAACUCAAUCACACUUUGCUCCUCCAGUUACCACUAGUCAUCAUUAUACUUGGCUAGAGAGUGAACAUCCUUAUAAACCAGCGACAGUGUCGUAUUACAAAGUCACUUUUCCGGAAACAGUAAAAUGGUUGACUGUCGAAUUUACACCGGAAUGUGGAACAUCACAACCCGAGGACUAUCUACAGCUUUAUAUACCAAAUAUAAUCUUCAAUUCCUCCGCUGGGACAGCUUUGAAUAUUAUGAAUGAAGAUACUCCUCUGUAUUGGCCAGUAUUGCAUAAGUUGAGCAAUGUUCAAAGUCAAUGGCCCCAAAAUGCCAUUGUAUUACCAGGAAAUGAAGUGGUAUUUUCUUUGGAAACCGCAUCUGAUUAUAUGAAAAUGAGAGCUCCAUUACAUACGGCUUCAAAUGCUUAGUUAUCGGUUAUGAUUGGAUA